AUGGCGGAACCUAUGGACGUAGAUGAUAACGAGCCGAGAGGCGCGAAGAGGACUGCCUCAGAAGCAGGUCUUCCAUCUGAGGCUCCUCGACGAAUAAAGGCACGUCUCAUCUCAACUGAUGUCGUCAACAAAAUCGCUGCCGGCGAGAUAAUUGUUGCGCCUGUGAAUGCCCUUAAAGAGAUGAUGGAAAAUUCUGUCGAUGCAGGGGCUACAGCCAUAGAAAUCUUGGUCAAAGAUGGUGGCCUCAAGUUGCUACAGAUUACGGACAAUGGCCACGGUAUUGAGGUCAGUAAAGAAUGCUACAAGUCAUACCGUUAUGCUAACCAAACCCAGAAGGAUGACCUGCCAAUUCUGUGUGAACGUUUCACCACUUCAAAAUUGAAGGACUUUGACGACUUGAGAUCUAUAGGUACAUACGGUUUUCGCGGUGAAGCCUUGGCCAGUAUCAGCCACAUCGCUCACCUCAGAGUGACCACAAAAACUGCUGGUUCAAGUUGUGCAUGGCAAGCCUACUACCAGGAUGGAAAGUUAUCCCCACCAAAACCAGGCCAAAGCUCUGAUCCAAAGCCAUGUGCUGGUCGGCCUGGUACGCAAAUCACUGUCGAAGACCUGUUUUACAACAUCCCCAAUCGACGUCGUGCUUUCAAAUCACCAAGCGAGGAAUACGCCAGAAUACUUGACGUUGUCACCAGAUAUGCCGUUCAUUGCGAACAUGUCUCUUUCUCGAUCAAAAAGCACGGCGAGGCGGGAGCUGGUUUCUCUGUGGCUGCAGCGGCGAGCAAGAUCGACAGAAUCAAGCAGGCUCAUGGAGCGGCUGCGAGAGAGCUGAUCGAGUUUAAGACUCAGAACGAUAGAUGGGGCUUCUCUGCGUCGGGUUAUUGCACAACUGCCAACUACAGCGCAAAGCGGACUACGAUUCUACUCUUCAUCAACCAUAGAUCUGUCGAAUCUUCGGCUGUCAAAAAAGCUAUUGAGCAAGCAUAUCAACUUUUUCUACCUAAAGGCGGGCACCCUUUUGUCUACCUUAGCCUCGAAAUCGAUCCAGCAAGAGUCGAUGUCAACGUUCACCCAACCAAACGUGAGGUACACUUCUUGAGUGAGGAUGAAAUUAUCGACAUGGUCUGCACCGACAUUAGAGAACGUUUGACGCAAGUCGAUACGAGCCGAACAUUCAAGACACAGACACUAGUACCUGCAAUUGGUUCCAGCACUAUCAACAAGCAACAGAGUCCACUGGCUGGUGGUGACGACAAAAACCAGCCGUCCACAGAUGCUUUGCCGCGUACUCCAGCAUCCAAACGACCAUAUGAGAAUAAUCUUGUCCGCACUGACUCAAAACUCCGCAAGAUCACCUCUAUGCUACCGCCAGCUCUUACACCAUCACAAUCUCUCGACAACCACGACAAUAAUACUACCACAGCAGCGUCAGGUCAUGGUAUCCAAUACAUUACAACCGACAGAGAACAGGUUACUACUCGGCUCAGCUCUAUCAAGACUUUACGCGCUCACGUUCGUGAUGCAAUACAUCAAAACCUUACCGAAGUCUUCGCAUCACUGACCUACAUAGGUCUUGUUGAUCCCUUUCGCCGUCUUGCUGCAAUGCAAUCAGGUGUCAACCUCUACCUGGUCGAUUACGGCAUGAUCGCCAACGAGCUCUUCUACCAGAUAGGUAUCACUGAUUUUGGAAAUUUCGGUGCGAUACAACUGCGGCCUUCGGGCUCAGACCCGAUCCAACUCAAAGAGCUACUGCUUGUGGCUGCAGAACUCGAAGUGCAGGCGGAUCCCUCACUGGCUGACCUUGAACCGUCGGCGAUUGUAGAGAAGGUCUACGAGCAGAUAUACUCGCGUCGAGAAAUGCUCAGGGAGUAUUUCAGCCUCGAAGUUUCGGACGAAGGCAACCUUCUCACAAUCCCACUGCUCAUCAAGAACUAUCUACCCAGCAUGGCGAAGCUGCCUACCUUUCUUCUGCGUCUAGGUCCUUUUGUAGACUGGACAGACGAAGCACAGUGCUUUCAUACAUUCCUUGUUGAGCUAGCUGCGUUCUAUGUGCCCGAGAAACUACCACAGGCAAAACAAAAAUCAGCUAAAGAGACAGAGAACGAGCUUUUAACGUCACCGACAAGAGUAGCAGAGAGAGAUACUGCGACACCGGAGUCUGAUGUUACAGCUGGACAAUCUCCUAUCAAGAACAGACAAGCAGAAGAGGACUCUUUCAUCACUAAACGCCGAGUUGAGAUUGAAUAUGCCCUGGAGCAUGUCCUCUUCCCAGCCUUUCGGAGUCGCCUACUUGCGACACAGGGAAUGAUGCAAGGUGUGGUUGAAGUCGCCAAUCUGAAAGGACUCUACAGAGUGUUUGAGCGAUGUUGA